GUGACCGCGCGGAAGCUGCGAUCGCCCAGCCAGGUGUUGCCGAGCGCGAGGUGAAACGAGCGCCGUUGACCAGCCCGCCCGUUAGAGCGAGAGCGAAAAUGAGCCAGGAGAGCGGAGCCAACAGGCGCGCCGCCGACGCCGUGGAGCAGGCGAUGGAAGCGCUCGAGGUGGAGCCGAAGCGCCGCGCGCCGCGACUGAACGAGAGGAUCCUCUCGUCGCUGUCGCGGAGGUCCGUCGCCGCGCACCCCUGGCACGACCUCGAGAUCGGUCCUGAAGCCCCGUCCGUGUUCAACGUCGUCGUGGAGAUCACCAAGGGGAGCAAGGUGAAGUACGAGCUCGACAAGAAGACGGGGCUCAUCAAGGUGGACCGGAUUCUGUACUCGUCCGUGGUGUACCCUCACAACUACGGCUUCAUCCCCCGGACGCUCUGCGAAGACAACGACCCCAUGGAUGUCCUCGUCCUCAUGCAGGAACCAAUUCUUCCCGGCUCCUUCCUCCGGGCCAGGGCCAUCGGCCUCAUGCCUAUGAUAGACCAGGGAGAGAAGGACGACAAGAUCAUAGCCGUCUGCGCUGACGAUCCCGAGUACCGCCACUUCAACAAUCUCAGCGAGCUUUCUCCUCACCGCCUUCAGGAGAUCAGACGCUUCUUCGAAGACUACAAGAAGAACGAGAACAAGGAGGUGGCCGUCAAUGACUUCUUGCCCGCCACUGAAGCUCGUGAUGCCAUCCAGUACUCCAUGGAUCUGUACGCGCAGUACAUUCUGCAGAGCUUGCGGCGGUAGAGCUUGCCAUUUUUCUGUCUGCCCGCUCUUCUGCGAGCUGAAGCAAAGCCUAUAUCAUCAGAACAUUUGGGAUCCGAUCAACAUCCAAGUCACAUGAGUUGUCACGCAUGUUGACCAUCUUUUCCCAGCGAUGUUUCAGUCUGUAUCUCUGUAUUAAUCAUUUGGAAAUUUAUCCACAGUGUGGUUUGAUCUAUGUACUCCUCUCCUACAUUUUUUACAGAACGAACAAAUAAAAGAAUAAUCUACCAUUUUGUUGUUUGGUCGACCUUCUGACCUGAA